CUGACCGGGAUGGGGAGGCGCUGGACCGUCGCCCACUGCGGCGCUCCCUGCGGAAUAAAAAGUUCCUGAGUGACAAAAAUCUCCUUAAAGACCGAGUCUGUGUCCGACUGACGGGGUCGCGGAACCCCGAAGCUGACUGACAGCUCAGCUUCAGUCAGGGGUGGAAAAGUUGGACGCCCGCGCGCGCAGGGUGGGUGACGCUGGACGCACAGCGUCGGGGCCCGGACGGUCCCGGUCCCCGUCCCGGUCCGUCCUGCCCGUCUCUGCUGCUCGAUCGGCCCGUGUUCCCUUUCAUAACGUAGAAGUCACUUUGCUGCUCCUUCCAGGAGUUGCCCUUCACUUCCCACUGGUCAUUGAUUAACCCCGAAUGUUCUGCUUUUUGAAUCAAGGUAGUUGAAAUGCCUUGCCCUAAGUUUUAACAUUCUGCUCAGCAUGAUGGAGUUGCUUUUGGAGAUUCGGGCCGAAGAGUUUGUGGAGGAGAAGUUGUUUUUAAUAGAAAUGAAUAAAAAUUACACAGUUUGAGGAAGCCAUGGCAAAAUCAAACACAAAACACAGAAUUUGUUCUCGGAAUUCUUCAGUAUCUUCUCUCCUGGCAAGCUGCAACCUGAGUAGUAGUAAUUCCUCUAACUCUGAUGGCUCUUUUCACUAUAAGGAUAAACUCUACAGUUCUGCUUCUCAGGCUUUACAGGCAUAUAUUGAUGAUUUUAAUCUAAGCCGAGUAUGUCCUGGAACAAGCACUGGAAAAAUUAACAUUGAUGAAGGUUGUGCUAAUAGGUCACAAUUCUCCAACUAUAGUUAUAACCAAAACAAUGCUUUUGAAAAUCUUGGUCACAAACAGCAUUCAGACUCCCUAACCUUAUCCUAUGGAAGACAGAAUGUUAAUGACUUAGACUCCUAUAGCCUAACAACUGAUGAUUUGUUAAGACUUCCAGCAGAUGGAUCGCUUUCUUUCAAUUACGUUAGACCAGGUCACCGACCAAGCAAGAAAAGCAAGAAAUACAUUCGAAGACUGGGUUCAUCGAACAUUGAAAAGAAUCCAAAUUUUCAGGAAUCCUCCACUCCCACGGGCAAGGAUAACUUAGCCACUCCUGUUGUAUACACAAAUAUGAACGGAAAGCAAUGUGGUAGGCCAAAAAACCCCAUACUCACAAAUAGGACUAAUAAACAUAUUUCUAAAUCAUCUUCAUCUUUUCCCAAGGAAUCGUCUUUCACAGACAAUUCAGAGCACAGUCCUGAAAAGAAUUAUCCAAGAUGGCUCACUAGCCAGAAAUCUGACCUUAAUGUUUCAGGAAUAACUAGCAUACCUGAUUUCAAAUAUCCAGUGUGGCUCCACAACAAAGACUUGCUACCUGAUGCAAAUAGUCAAAGGGUUUAUAAAACAUUUGAAGAAAACUGUUCCCCUAGACAUAGUUACCAGGCACAAAGAACUCGGCUUCCAAAUAAAGUAGAUUGUUUUGAAUAUUCUUUUGGACCCUCAAACUUUUCACAUUCCUUGAACAAAGGAUUAGUUAAUGAAUACACAUGUGAUUCAGAACAUAGCCAAUGUCAGUGUGAGAAUCCACUUCUCCCGGGACAAUCCAAAAAGCCGUUUAGUGGUGACAAAAUUGAAUUGCUUAUUCUGAAGGCCAAGAGAAAUCUAGAGCAAUGUACUGAAGACUUAACAAGUCCUCUGAAAAAGGACAACAGUCCUUGUUCAUUAGAUAAACUUGAAGCAGAAAGAUCAUGGGACAAUGUUCCUGUUACUUUCAAAUCUCCUGUUCCUGUUAAUUCUAAUGAUAGUCCUGAAGAAACUUCAAGGACAAAGAGUGCCAAAGAUUUUCUUGAAGACUUUUUAAAUAAUGAUAAUCAGAGCUCUACCCUUUCUGGUGGCAAACAUCAUGGUCCAGUUGAAGCAUUGAAACAAAUGUUAUUUAAUCUUCAAGCAGUACAAGAAAGCUUUAAUCAGAAUAAAAUUAUAGAGCCAAAAGAAGAGAUUAAGCAAGUUUUAGAAGAUGAUUUCUCUAAAUUACAGUUAAAGGAAAAUAUGAUUCCUAUAACUAGGUCUCUUCAAAAGGCCUUGCACCAUUUGUCUCGCCUAAGAGACCUGGUUGAUGAUACCAGUGGGAAACAGUCACCGAAAAUGUGAAGAGGAAAAUAGAACGAAGUGAACUUGUCAAAAGGAAGAUAGCAUGGAAGGAGCCAAAAGAAGCAAAACACCAAUAAAAUUGAUAAUUUAUGAACAAUUGAAGUCCCUUCAAAUGUGCAAGACUGUAUCUCUCUAUUCCAUCUACCUAUUGGAUAUUUCCUGCCCAGUUAUGUGAUGUGUUGGUUUGCAUUGCUUGUUACAUAAAUCUUGAGGUAAAUCUAGGCCUAAACAUGAACACAACUGUUCAGCAAGUUAUUUUGUUGGAUAUUUUCCUGUGGUAUUUGAUCCUGUUCCU